AGUUUAGCACUGAUAACGUGCUCGCCAUGUGCUCUUUUCCCAAAAAAACAUUUUUUUCAUUUCUUUCAUUGCGGUGAAUUUUUCUAAAUGAAAUUUCUAGUUUACUCUCUAUUACUUUUUCAUUUCUCUAGUUUUGUGGAAUCCAGUAAAUGUACGGAUUGUAUUGCAUCUGGAAAGCACUGGUGCGUCACAGUCAAUGAAUGUGGAUUCUCACCGUGUGUAACCUCGGUGUCUAAGCCACUCAACUGCCCGGAACUUCCUGAUAAAGCACAUGCUUACGAUGAUAAUUUUGUACGGACAAAGAUCGUGCCGAUGACCGCGGCCGCAAACAAUGUGAAUCCGGAAAAAUGCUUCAAGUCAAGAAUCCCUACAAUGUCGAUUUCCAAGACAUUUAGCACAAAUUGCUCAGAAGUCGGACCCCAAUCAAACUGCUUUGGCUUCACCUCCUUCGACACCACCCAGAAGGUCCUUGUGAUGUCAUUCAGGGGAACUGAUAGUCCUCUACAGCUGACCGAUGAGAUUUUGGACUUUUUCACCGGAAAAAAACAAUUCUUCCCGGACGCCGGCAAUAUUUUCACCUACUUUUACGAUGCCUUCUUCUUCCUCUGGAAUGCGGGCCUACAACAGGAUAUUCGCCAGCUCAAGUACAAAUAUCCAGAUUAUGAGCUCUGGGUAGUCGGACACUCCCUUGGAGGAGCAAUUGCCUCCGUUGCGGCUUCCUACGUAGUCCAUACGGGACUAUUCACCGGGGACAAGGUUAAGCUCGUCACUAUGGGACAGCCAAGAACCGGAGAUUAUGAUUAUGCCACGUGGCAUGACAAAACAUUCCCAUAUUCCUUCCGCAUCGUCCAUCAUAAGGAUAUUGUGCCCCAUAUUCCACCGCAAGAGGGAGCCGACAAGCUUUUCCAUCAUAGAACCGAAGUUUGGUACAACAACAACAUGACCACCACUGAUCCAUACCACAUUUGUGCAGAAGCCGAUGGCCUAUACUGUAGUAAUAGGCAACUGGAUACCGAUAUUCCCGAUCAUUUGACAUAUUUCGGCGUAUUUUUCCCAGAUUGGCAUUUUACAUGUUAAUUUAUUGAUUUUUAAAUGUAAAUUUAUUCAAUUUA